AUUGAGGCUGUUCUAUUCUAUUCACGUCACCUACAUUCUAAUCGAGAUUCCCUGAUUCGUGCAUCAUCUGAUUGAUCGAUCCGGAGCCGGUUAUCCUUCCUGGACUCCGAUGGCGUUUGCGCAGUUUUAUCGUUUGACCAACAUGUAAUCCGGAUAAAUCUGUUUGUUUCAUAGCGCAGCCCUUCACUGUUUGUAAUCCCCGGCUCCGUCAGACCCGCUGCCCAGUUGCCUUAAUUGCCUCGUUGGUGUCAUCGGUGACCAUGACGACAGAGGUCGCUUCUGAGACUGAGGUGAAGAAGGAGCCGGAGAAGGCAGACGAGCAGCCUGUGGCGGCGCAGCAGCAGGACGGCGAGGAGGAGCCUGAGCAGCUGGCCGCCGUCCAGGACGGGGUCACGCCGCGGGCGGCCUCGCCGCACGCGGACAGGAAGUCCAAGGAGGCCAAAGGCCUCUCCCGCUUCCUGCCCCCGUGGCUGAAGAGACAGAAGUCGCUGAGUCGCACUGAGCCCAGCGAGGACCGCGAGGAUAAGACCCCAACGGAGGAGCAGCAGGAGGCCCCCCCAUCGGAGGAGGCAUCCCCCCAGGAGGCCGAAAGGGACGAGAGUCAUUCCAUAGGCAGCGCUGACACUCAGCCUGCAAAAGAGGAGAAAGGGGAGGGGUCUCCAGAACGGAUCGGCGACGGGAAAGAGGAGGAGGACCUGCUAGAGAGCAAGGCUGGAGAGAAGGACGAGGGCAAGCUGCUGAAACUGGAGGCCGAGGUAGAGAAGUCUUCUCUGAAGCCUGCCAAGAAGAUGAAGACUGUGACGUGUCAGGUGACCCUACUGGAUGGCUCGCUGCUGCCCUGCGAGCUGGAGAAACGGGUGAGGGGCAUCGUCCUCUUUGCCAAAGUGUGUGAGCACCUCAACCUCCUGGAGAAGGAUUACUUCGGACUGUGCUACAAAGACCACGCUGACCAGAAGUGCUGGCUGGACCCUGCAAAGGAGAUCAAACGUCAGAUUCGAAACUGUCCAUGGCAGUUUGCCUUCAGCGUCAAAUUCUACCCCCCCGACCCCUCCCAGCUCACCGAGGAUAUAACCAGGUAUCUCCUGUGCCUUCAGCUCCGCCAGGACAUCGCCUCCGGCCGGCUGCCCUGCUCCUUCGUCACCCACUCGCUGCUUGGCUCCUAUACCCUGCAGGCUGAGAUGGGGGACCACGACCCCGACGGGCACUGCCUCGACUACAUCAGCGACUUCCAGUUUGCCCCGUCGCAGUCUAAGGAGAUGGAGGAGAAGGUGGUGGAAUUGUACAAAACUCACAGGGGAAUGAGUCCAGCCCAGGCAGAUGCUCAGUUCCUGGAGAACGCCAAGAAGCUGUCGAUGUAUGGGGUGGACCUUCACCAUGCCAAGGACUCCGAGGGUGUCGACAUCAUGCUGGGGGUGUGCGCCAACGGGCUGCUGAUCUACAAAGACAGGCUCCGGAUAAACCGCUUUGCCUGGCCGAAGAUCCUGAAGAUCUCCUACAAACGAAGCAACUUCUACAUCAAGAUCAGACCUGGAGAGGCGGAGCAGUUUGAGAGCAGCGUGGGCUUUAAGCUGCCCAACCAUCGUGCAGCUAAGAGGCUGUGGAAGGUUUGCGUGGAGCAUCACACCUUCUUCAGGCUGGUGACUCCGGAGCAGCCCCCCAAGGCCCGUUUUCUCACCCUGGGCUCCAAGUUCCGCUACAGCGGCCGCACACAGGCCCAAACUCGGGAGGCCAGUACGCUCAUCGACAGGCCCGCCCCCCACUUUGAGCGGUGCUCCAGCAAGAGGCUGUCCCGCAGUCUGGACGGAGCUCCUGGGCUUGGCAUGGAUGACCAGUCCGGCGCCCCCGGCCAGGGCCUGACCCCUGGGGCGAAGAACGGCCGGGACCCUGCCCUGGAGCUCUCCUCGGACUCCAAGAGCAAGUUGAGAGUACAGGGGGAAAAUAUAUAUGUCAGACAUAGCAAUUUAAUGUUGGAGGACCUGGAUAAGACCCAGGAAGAUGUUUUGAAACACCAGGCUAGCAUUAGCGAGUUAAAGCGCAAUUUUAUGGAGUCCACCCCCGAGCCGCAGCCCAGUCAGUGGGAGAAACGCCUUACCGCCAGUCCCGCCACCAGCCUACGUCUGCGGGCCCAAGCGGCCUUUGAAGAGGAGGUCCCCAGCAGCUCCGUUUUAUCGAGCCCGGUGGCCGUUCCCACCGGCCUGCCUGCCGCCUGCACUACCAGCGUGUCGGCAGCAGAGGGCGACAUUGCUGUAGGGUCUCCCCCUGCGGCUGCGCAUGUUGUCGAGAAAGCGCUCCCCAGAGCAGACGGGUCGUCCUACAGUGGCAGCGAUGCCGGCAAGACGGCAGAGGACAAACAGAAAUCAGACACACUUGAGCAGGCUGAGGUUGAAAUAGAAGAGACUGUAGUCAUCAAGGAGGUCAGGAAGGCGCCCAAGGUGGAGGUGACCGUGCCCGAGGUUGUCGUCACCAUUGCUGUGACUGAGAAGGAGCCCGAGGAGAAGACAGGCGCCGAAGCAGAGGGGAGGGGAGACGAAGGGGUCACCCAGAGGGGUAGCACCUCUUCAGACAGCCACAGUGAGAGUGAGGACGAGGCAGAGUACCGCCCUCAGGCCCCCGGCGAAUCCAUCGACCACAUCAAAGAGGUACCAGAGGAAGAGGAGGAGCUGGCUGUAGAGGCUCAGCCCCUGGAGGCGGAGCCAGCCGCCGCGCCGCCCUGCCCCACCACCGAAGAGCAGGAAUCGCCCCUGAAAGACGAAGCCCAGAAUGGCCACCCUGAAAUGCAGUCACCCCAGGGGUCGGUGGAGGAAGAUGAAGAGGACGAAGGGGAGCCCAAGCUGAACGGGGACGCAUCUCGCGCAGAGACGGAGGGCCUCCCGCAGGUUAUUUGUUGUUCCGAGCCCCCAGUGGUAAAGACAGAAAUGGUGACCAUCUCUGACACCUUCGCUGCCCAGAAGACGGAGAUCUCUACCACGGAGGUGCCCAUCGUGCACACGGAGACCAAAACCAUCACGUACGAGGCUGCGCAGGUAGACGGCGCCGGGGAUGGUGAGCCCGGUGUGCUCAUGACUGCACAAACCAUCACCUCGGAGUCCCUGUGCACCACCACUACCACGCACAUCACCAAGACGCUGAAAGGUGGGGUUUCAGAAACGAGAAUUGAAAAGCGCAUCGUCAUUUCGGGAGACUCCGAUAUCGACCACGAUCAGGCGUUGGCCCGGGCUAUAAAGGAAGCCAAAGAACAGCACCCUGACAUGUCAGUGACCCGGGUGGUGGUGCAUAAAGAGACCGAGGUGAUGGAGGAGGGCAAGGACUGAGCGACCAGAGGAGACCAUGGAGCCAACGAGAAUUCAUGUUGUUUUCCAAGUGGAAAUCCCCCCCAAUCAUCUGUCCGGAAACACCAUGGUUACACCUCCAGACAAAGACGGCUCCCAAGGCCCAGCUCCAAUGUCCAUGCUUUGCACAACUUCCAUUUUUAUCAUUCAUAAGAGAACCACUUAGCUAACAUGUGUAGCUUGUUUUAAUUACGUAGUGCUUCUGCAGAAAAAUACCUUUUAUUAAAAUCUUUUUAGGGUUUCAUAAACUGGUCAUUUUUUUUCUCCUGUUUUUUCCCUAGUGUUCAGUAGCAGUCACAUUCCUAGUAUGUACAUACGUUAUUUUUUUGUUUAUUAUUUUUUUGAGAAACUACGACAUUUAAAAAAGAAGAAAAAAAAUUAAUGUCAUCGUUGCGGAUUCAUGAAGUUGACGUAAUUCGGCAGCCUUGGUUCAGAGUCGGUCUUUGCGUCAUUUAAUCCCAAAACCGUGCAUCGGCGGAGGAUGGGCCACCAGCACAUGUGACUAUAGCACGUGCCACUGCGCGGGACCAGCGGCAGGCGGACAGACAGACAGACGGACGGAUCGUCGUGGCACGGGCUGCUACUCUAAAUGCCAACUCGACCUCCAAACUAUGCAGUCGGCCCAUUUCAAACAUUCCACGACUGGGAGGAGCCUCUCAUCUACCUCCAAGAGCAAAACCGACGAAACAAGGAGGAAAAACUAAAGUGAUUAAAAACGGCAACUCUAGGCAGCUUGGAAACUCGCUUUUCUGUAACUUUCUGGCAACAUUAAUCAGAUUUAUAUUUCUAGAUCUUUUUGCUAUCUUUUAAAACUGUCUUAAACUGUAUACCGAUUUAGACCUUUUUAAUAUAUAUUUUUUUUUUGACUAAAGUAUACAAAAACAAUGAACGGUGGCCCUUUAAAUCCCUGUUUUUCUAUAGGUGUACCUGAGAGAGACCACCCUUUAGCAUUGCGCUACCUGUGAUCUGGCUACCUUCCCGAGACCUGGUCACGUUGUCCGCUAGCUCUCAGACCGGGUGUACAGCCACUGUUUAGGCUUUUUAGCAGCUUGAGAAGCGCCCGCCUUUCUGCCCGCACCUGUUUGGUGUCCCCCUGUUUAAAAUAAAGGUUUGUUUAUUCUCUA